AUGGCGGUAAACCUUGGGUUGCAGACGUCAGGCACUGGAACUUUGAAGGAUGUGUAUAAGAAGACACCAGACUACAUACGUGAGUUGCAAAUCAGAAUGGAAAUGUACCCCUUGUCAACUACAAUGCGGACCUCUAGUACGGCGAGAUCGACGUGGGCACGCCCCCCAAAACAUUUACAGCUCAGACCUAUUCCUUCCAUCUACCGAAUGCAGUAUUCUGGCCAACCGUUCGUGUUGAUGUACGGCGCUGGGGAGACAGCGGGCGAGGAGUACAUCGAUGACGUUUUUGUUGGGGGCUACGAAGCCAAGGAUCAGACUGUUGGCGCCACAUGGAUAUAUUCGCCAGAGUUCAGCGAGGACGGGUCUUUCCCCUGGCAGUCUCUCUGGUCUGGCAUUCCGCGAAAUAUUAGAGUUCGAGGGAUCUCCACUAUUCCAAAUGCUGGACGAAAGUGGUAA